UUCUUCUUUUUCAAGGUCUGAGGAGGAGGAGGGUCCUCCCCCACUUGUUGGGUGCCUGUCAAAAAGAUAAUCGUUGAUGGUUGUGGUGGCAUUCUUUGGAUUUGCCUUCGAGGGAGGCUGAACGAAAGGAGAAAACUGUGCACAACGAUAGUGCUCUCAUCAACCCAAACAACUUUCCUCGACCCACUAUCCCCUUUUGCCAAUUCCUGUCCAACCAAUCCCACUUUGUAUUUGAAUAUAUCCCUUCCUCUGUCUCUGUCUCUGUCUCUGUCUCUCUCUCUCUCUGCUUUCUGGAUUUUGGGGCACUUUGAGGGGAAGCCAUCGCUUCUUUCUGAGAGAAGUGAGGACUUGAAAAACGAAAUGGGUAACACGGGGAGCAGCAGCUCGGGGCGUCGAAGGCGGCGGAGCCACCCGCCUCCUCCUCCGCCGCCUCCCCUGCCUCCUCCGCCGGAGAGUGCCGGUAACCGAUAUGUGUUCGCGGCCGCCACGCCGUAUCCAUCUCAGUACCCCAAUCCGAAUCCUCCGGGUUACUAUACGUAUCAUGGAUACUAUCCACAGCAAUCGGUGCCCGGUCAUUACGGACCACCUUACCCGAACUGGGCCGGCGGGCAGUACCCAUAUGGGGCCGUUCCUGCUCCUGUUACCCCCUAUGUCGAGCACCAGAAGGCAGUCACUAUUAGGAAUGAUGUUAACAUCAAGAAGGAGACGCUUCACGUUGAACCAGAUGAGGAUAAUCCGGGAAAGUAUCUUAUUUCUUUCACUUUCGAUGCCACUGCUCCUGGAAGCAUCACUCUCGCUUUUUUCGCUAAAGAAACUGAAGACUGUAACUUAAUCGCGACAAGGGAGAGCCUACUCCAACCUGUCACAGUAGAUUUCGAGCGAGGUCUUGGCCAAAAGUUUCGACAACCUUCCGGGACUGGUGUCGACUCCUCAAUGCUUGAGGAAAUGGAUUUAGGAAAAGAUGGUGAUGUCGAGAUUUAUCCUCUUGUGGUGAAGGCCGAAGCUUGCCCGUUGAGUGCUACAGAGACAGAUAGUAGUUCAGCUCGAAAUUCUCAGAUAACCCAAGCAGUGAUUGAGAAAGGGAAAGACGAAUACAAGGCGCGUGUGGUGAAACAGAUUCUUUGGGUUAAUGGGAUGAGGUAUGAGCUCCAGGAGAUUUAUGGUAUCGGAAAUGCGGUUGAGGGGGAUUUCGAUGGCAAUGACUCUGGGAAGGAGUGCGUCAUCUGUUUAUCAGAACCACGGGAUACGGCCGUCCUCCCUUGCAGGCACAUGUGUAUGUGCAGCGGCUGUGCUAAGGUCCUCAGGUUCCAGACGAAUAGGUGCCCGAUUUGCCGGCAACCGGUAGAGCGACUCCUGGAAAUUAAGGUGAGCAAUGGCAGCGACGACUCGGGAGAGUCCACGACUAAAGCGACGUAAAACUAUCUUCGCAUGUAUCGUUGUUUAUAUUCCCGGCCUACCUCAAUCGGCAAGAUCUCGCCUGGAGACAACUUUGCCGCCGCUCAUGCUCCAGCUCGACUCCUGGUUGCUGCUCGUGUUGAAAAUAACCGCUCGCGGAUUUAACUCCAAACGGAUAAGUUAUGAUGAACAAUUAUGGGUUGUUUUGAUGGAAAGAUUGGGUUUGUAAUAGAAAUUGUUUUUGGACUUCAAAGCCAUCUUGUAUCUGCUUCUGCAUGAUAAAUCGUUUUACCAGUGAUAAAAUCUUUUUUUUU